GUCGCUGCAGAAGGCGCAUCGAUUAGCCCGCCGUCGCCGGCCAGCCACCAAUCACACGCCCCGAUAGCACGCUGGAUACACGUGUUGGGCAGCUGGGCACAGCUUUGGCCCUUGAGCUGAGAGGUCAGAAGGCGGGCAAGGAACGAGAAGCGCUGCUGCGAGAGGUGGUGCCUGAGUGAGACCAGAGAGUGGACGUGGGCGGGUUUUCGGCCAUCGGAUCUUUAGAAAGACCAUUCCAGCCUUCUUCUCUCAAGCAGUCUGGUCUCCUUUUGCCUGGUCUCCCCUCUCUUGCCUGCCUGCCUGUCUGCCUGCCUGCCUGCGUGCCUGCGCGCCCCUGGUGUUGUACCUUUUUUCAAUUUCAUCAAUACACAAGAAAUCAAUCCACGACUACGACUCACGACGACAUUGAGCCAUACACAAACGAUACCGAUCCGAUCCAGUUCAUAUCUACGUAGUGCUUCGUCAGCUUGUGCCUGGCCCCCUACACCACUACGGCGGAUGGAUGGCUCCACCAGAUGAGGCGGCUCACCACACUCCCAUUUCAACUUCAUCUUAUCGUCAUCCUCGGCGUUGUCCGCUGUUGACCUCUCUUCCUAGGCAGUGCCACUACUACUGCUGCUGCUACUGCUGAUGUAUUUUUCAUGAUACCCUCAUAAUUUCUUUUCCUGGCUGGCCUGUCACACCCUUCAUACGAUUGACCGACCGACCGAUUGACGGGUGACGACCCCGCUUUUGACUCUUGAGUUGACGAUAAGCGCUCCUCGGUCUCACUUCUUCGACUUCACCUCAUUCAAUCUCACUCACCUUCGUUGCCCCCUCUUCAGAUAUCCUCAACAACACGAUGGACCCUUUCACCGCCCUAGGCCUGGCAUCGGCCGUCCUUCAGUUCGUUGACUUUGGAUCGACCGUGUACGGGGAGUACAAGAGGCUUCGCAACGGCAGCCUGUAUGGCAACAAUGCUCGUGCCCUUCCUAAAUCGUUAGAAGCGGCACUCAACGAUCUCACCAUUGUAAAUCGCGUCUUGAAAUCCACGCCAAGGUUAUACAAUGCAUCGGAAACAGAUAAUAUCCUAAUACAGCAUGAAGAAGCCAUCAACUUUCUCCUCGACGAAGCCACUGACAUAGCCGAAGACUUCCUGAACCGAUUACAGUGUGACCCGAACCGCUCCAGGUGGAAUACCCUAGCGGAGGCUAUCAACUCCAUUAGGACGGAAAGUGAGCUGGAUAGGUUCAAGGAGAAGCUCGACGGGUUCAAGCGGGACUUGGGCAUCCACGUGCUCGCCAUGGUGAACGCCAAAGUGGACCAAUACGGCAUGCAACACCAGUAUGACCUUGCUCAGCAACGAGAGGAGAUCAUUCAGCUUCGACAGGACAUUCACUGCCUGAAAGAGAACAUCGUCAAGAUUGUAGCCUUCAACCAGAGCGGGAUCAGGUCGGGGAGUAGCACGCCAAUCUUUGAUCAGCAUGCAAGAUUGGCGGCUGAGGCGAAGCAGAGCGGUGGCCCGAGCCCAGUGAUUGUAGCUGCCAUGGUCACACUAGCAAGUGGUGAGACGAGGUUCAUCCAUCCCAGCGGAAGCGGAAAGGCCAUGGGAAUGGGUAUGGGUAUUAUGAACGGCAGCGGCAACCAGUACCAACAAAACGGGCAUUUCAGCCACCGAUCGGGAUCGGAUUUCUUCCAAGACGGCAAAUUCGACACCGUAAUGCGACUUCACUCCGAUCCCGGGCUUAUGGGUCAGCCGGCAGGAGCAGAAAUGGAAUACGUCCCCAGCAAAGACUUUGCAACCAUUAACAAAGCCGUCUUGGACAUGCUCCACUUCCGACAAAUCACCGACCGAUUCGAGUCCGUCAAGACGCCUUACGAGAGCACCUUUUCCUGGGUAUUCGCCAACCCCAACAAUCCCAACACCUUCGACAACAUUUGUAGGCCCUGGUCAAAUCUGUCAGCGUUUCUAGAAAGCAACGAUGAAAAGGACAAGUGCUACUGGAUCAGAGGCAAAGCCGGCUCAGGCAAGUCGACGCUCAUGAAGUACAUCAUCAGCGACCGCCGCUUGCGACAUCAUCUGCAACGAUGGGCGGGGCCAUCCGACGACCUGAUCUUCGCCAACUUCUUCUCCUGGCAUUUAGGGGCAGACGACCAGCGGCUCAUCUCAGGCCUUAUGCGGUCGCUUCUCUAUCAAGUGUUCUGUGCCAGGCCAGAUCUAAUACCCACCAUCAUGCCCGAGAUGUGUCUUGAGGCUGCCAAGAGCCGCAACGGCCAGCUGGAAACACCAUCGGGCACGGAGCUGAGGAUAUGGUUCGAGCGGUUGCUGCACGCCACGGCGACGAAUGUCGGAAACUUCCGCCUGUUUAUUGCCAUUGACGGGAUUGACGAGUUCCAGGGCGAUCCCGAGGAGCUGCUCUACUUGAUCCGCAAUACGAAGGGGGACAGGGUCAAGUACCUUGUCUCGAGCAGGCCGAUGCAAGCGUGCACCAAGGCCUUUGGGUCCUAUCCGAGUCUGAGGCUGCAGGACCUGACAGAGGAUGAUAUCCGACGGUACACCGAGGCGAUGCUGGGCGAGCAACUGCGCGACAGGGGCGGAGACGACUGGUUUAGGCUGGUGAACGAGAUUGUCAAGCGCUCCGAGGGCGUGUUCUUGUGGGUGGCGCUGGUGAUCCGGUCGCUGCAGAAAGGGUUGCAGAAUCACGAUACCCUGAAGGAGAUGCGGAAGAGGCUGGAUCAGCUGCCGAGCGAUAUUGAGAAGCUGUAUGGCCACAUGCUGAAGAAGAUACCGCCAGAUUACAAGAAGAACGCGGCCAAGCUGUUCCGGAUCGUCAUGGCCAGCAUCGACAUCGAGCAGCAAAUCCGAGAGCACCCGAUUCUCGCGAUCCAGCUGUCGUUGGCCGAAGGCGUAUGGGACGAGGUCAAGCUGAUCCCGGAAGGAUCCCUCACCUGGGACCUGGAAGAGGUGAGAGUGCGCGACAUCGAAGCGAGAGUGAGCAGUCGGUGUCUGGGGCUGUUGGAAGUGCACACACGUAGGGACGACAAGACUCACAAACCCUACAUCGACUUUAUCCACCGCACCGCCGUCGACUUUCUGCGCGAUUCCCAGGUCGCCAUUGACUUCCUUUACGGCACUCUCAGUUCUGACUUCAACCCCCAAGCCUAUCUCGUCCGAUCUUGCCUGACCAUGGCCAGAAUCAUGCCCACCACCACGCUCUUCGAUGGCGACGUUGUCUGGGACAGCAUGCGCACCUGUCUCGAAUACGCCCGCAUAGCCGAGUACAAGAAACGGCCUGUCUUUGACGGUUACCUGGACCGACUCGACCAGGCCAUGACUCGGCACUGGUUCGCCGCCCUCUCCUCCACCGCGCCCUACAGCUCCUCGGUCGAUAUCCAUCGCCUUCACCACUGGGCGCAAAAAGCGUCCUGGUUCUGGACCGGCCCCAAAGACGUCGACAUGGCCCGCGUCCAAGCCGAGUUCAACCAGUUCUGCUACCCUUCGCUUUACGUCAACAACGACCCAACGUCUAGCACCCUGGACGAAGAAAACCAGCGCCUCCUCCGCGAGAUCGACCUCGGGUUCCUGGUGGUGGCAGUCAUGUACUCCCUGCCCACGUACCUCCGCACUUGUCUCCACCGCCUCAAAGAAACCGAAGAGGAAAUCGAAGCGACCAUGAAGCGCAAAUCCACCCGCAAAACGCUCAUCAACAAGAUCGACAAGAUCAAGGGUGGGAAGCAGACCUAUGUCCCGCCCAAGGUCGCGCACACGGCUACCAGGCUGCUGUUUCUCUGGGCGCAGCUCACGGCUGCUAGUAGCAACUUUUGCAUCGUGCCCUGGACCAAGCCGCAUGCGCGCGUGUGUCGGACGCUGCUCGAGUUUGGCGCGAACCCAAUGUGCGAGUUUACCUAUUCGAUAAGCGGCAAGCUGUCGGCGCACAGAAACGCGUGGGAGCUGACGAGCCAGGCGAUUCUGGUCUUGGUGCACCCAGCUUUGAGGAAGAAGAACUUGACGGAGCUGUUGCCGAAUCAAAAGGUGAGGGCGGUGCUGUGGAUUACCAACUUUUUCGUCAAGAACGGGGCCGAUAGGGGAAGUAAGGUGCCGAGCGUGCUGCUACACGGUGCCGGCAUGAAGAAUCUCGUGUUGGAGUGUCCUGGCCGAGCGAAGGACGAGGAGGCGACGCUGCUGGAGUGGUUGGAGCCGUACGCCAAGGGCCCCGCGACGAACGAGGUGGGCAAGAAGUUGGGCAUGAUUAUGCGCAAGACGCACAGGGUGCUCAAGGGCGUGCACAAGACGAAGGGGUGGAGGAGGAGAAAGAGCCGCAGGCCGAAUGGAGAGGGGGGAGACGACUUUGAAGAGGAUAGUGAUGAUUACGGGAGCGAGGAUGAUGACGAUUAUGAUGACGAUAGCGAUGACGAUGGGCGGUCGGUCAUCAUGCCGGCGAGUAGGGAUCGAGGCGAGCAGAUGAUCAUCAGGAAGCCGCUGCGGAGAGCAGGGUCCGGGGACACGUUGCUGGAGGACGCGAUGGACGAUAAACCGUUGCCGCCGAUUCCUCGGGAGAACUCGAUUCUCAGUACGCAGCCGAGUUUGGGCGAGAUUGUCGAUGAGGAUUACAGCAGGGCGAAGACGCCGGUUAUGCACCAUCAGGCAUUGCCCGACACCCCUCCGCCGUCGGCUCCGGAUGAGAUUUUCUUCCUUCCCACAGCAUCCUUUGUCGAUCUACCCAACUCGACGCCUCCCAGCCCGACCGGGACCAUCUCGCCGAUUCUGCCCCGGCCCGAACCCGAGCCAGAGGUGGCACCGACCCCUCCUCCACGCCCGCAUGAACCGACGCCCGAAAUGCAACCAACCCCUCGCUUCCCGGACCUCCCUCGCAUGCCCCUCUCACCACUAUCACAACGCUUCCCCCUCUCGCCACUCUCCCAACGCUUUCCCCUCUCCCCUGUAUCCCCCCGCAUGCCGCUCUCUCCUCUCUCUCCACGAACGCCCGUCGCCCCCUCCCCCGCCGACUUCCUCUUCCCGGCCGCUUUCCGCGCCGUCGCCCACCACCGUCGCCAAACCGAGCCCUUUCCCGGCCUCGGUAUCAACCCCUCCCAAGCGACCCUCGUCGACCCCAACUCGGACGACGUCGAAGACCUCUACCCCGACGUCAACCCGUACAACCGCGCACCACCUUCCCCUUCGCUCUCCCGGCGUUCGUCAACUGAAACCCUCGUCGAGCCCAAAGCGCCGCACUACACGCGCGAAUCGCUCAAGAAGCCCGAUAUGGAACGCCCCGUGCACCCGCUCGAGCUCGCAAUGCAAAGCGGCGACCUCUCCGACGAUUCCGAAUCCGAAUCCGAUUCCGAGACGGUCCGCGGCCGCCAGCGGCCCGGCAGACGCGACAGGUCGAAUACCAUGACGACCAGCACCACGAGCGCAACGACGAGCACGACUGCCACGACGAGCACGACCACGGGCAACCGACAUCGCGAGGCGCGGGAGCUGAAGCGCCAGAAGCAAAAAGAGGAUAAAGAGAGGAGAGAAAGGGAGGCGAGUCGUGCAGCCCGAAAGUUGCCCGAGCCCAAGAGCGGGAAGCAGGGGUAUGCAAAGUAUUUGGGCCAGACGGGGGCCAAGGCGGCGGCGGUGGUGCCGCAGAAGUUGUUCAAUCUGGCGUUUUGGGUGGGCGAUUGGUGCAAGAGGGCGUAUGGACGGUGUUCGUGGGUGGUCAAGAUUCGGUGGUAGGGAGUGUGGUUCUAGGGGGGUGGUAGUAGUGGCCUCUGUACUUUGGUAUAGGGACGCCGUUGAAGUUUAAGAAACUUGUCUACUUACCUCCACUUGGUAAAGGAAGGUGGGUGAAGUGACUUGAGGCUGAGACUGAUGGUAGACCCCCCCCCCCCCCCCCCCCUAGAGCCUUAGGUAGAGAACGUAGAGGAGAUGGAUCGGAGAUGGUGUAGCAGUUCGAAAGUUCGAAGGAAGGAUGCAGCACGUGGGAUUAAAGAGAAGGAGAAGAAGUAAAGAGGCGCUAGAAGGUGACGUCGCUAGGUAGUUGGUCUUUUUUUUACAGAUCUUUUCUUUCAUUUAUGGGAUACUUUAGGACGGUUGGGAAAAUAAAAAGCGAACGAACGAACGAACGAACGACCGAACGAAAGAAAAUUUACUAGCUAUUAGGUUAUUUAUCUUUUAUAGUUUGCUUUUUUUUUGGAUAAAGAUGGAUGAUGGAUGAUGAGUCCGGCCAGGCUCCAACGCUGGAGAUCCAGUCUGGAGGAUGAGAGGUUUAGUUGGGUUGGGGGUUAACGAAGUCCGCUCCCCCCCUAAAAGUGUGUAUAUUAUUACUACUACUACUACUUCACGUCUAUAUAUAUACCUUUACGUUUAAAUACAAGUUAG